CGAGUGUCACUCAACGUUUCUCGACGCCAUGGCAGUGGCAGACGCAAUGCCUUCUGGUGAACUGGAGGAACCCGCGCUCCAUUCACAAUCAAUGGCCUGGCUGACGACAGAGCAUGAGAUGGAGAUGCAAGCCUUCGUUCAUCAGCAUUUGCUCAGCAUGCUCAGCCCGUUCUCACAGCACCUCAAAGACUUGAAGGAUGAAUUGGAGGCGCUGAGAAGUGAGAUGGAGAAGAAGUCGGAACAGCUGAAGCACACGAACACUGUGGUAAAGCAGCAUGGCCACGAGCUCAUGACCCUGACGUUGGAUGUAAAUCAGGCCCACACAGAGGUUGGAAAUCUGCGGAAAGAGCUCUUGCCGGAGAUUGAGAAGAAGAUCGACGAGAAGACUGUGGAACUCGAAUUCACAAAGGUUUAUGAGGAGCUGCAAGUGGGGAAGAGCAACCUCGAGGCCUACAACACGGUCCACUCAAAGCUGGAGUCAGACUUGCGAGAAUUGGUAGAUUUUUCGAGGAGCACGGCCUCCAACCUCGCUGAAAAGGUUGGUGAACUGAGUGGUCUCCGUGAGUCCAACGAUUUUUUGAGCCAGUGCUAUGCUGGCAUUUGCGGACGAGUGGAGCAAGCAAAACGAGUAGCAGAUGAUACGCAUGAAGCUUUCAAAAAGUUCCAGCAUUCCGCUUCGAACCAGCUGGACGAUAUCAAGAAGAGUUGUUUGCCGCGAAUCUCGUCAAAAAUUGAGUCUUUAGAGACACGGAUUCAUCGAAUCGUCAAGGAUGCGGCAAUGGAUGAGGAGGACCUUCAGCAGGCCAAGUUGCAAAUCGAAAGCAUCAAAGACGCCUUGUCAAGCAUGGACGAGACUAUCCAACUUCAGGAGAAGGACAAACUGACCAAAGUUGACACCCUCACAAGCCACGCUAGCUUCAUAAAUGAAGAAGCCUCCCAGCGAAAGAGCAAGAUGGAGCAGCUCCAUCAGAAGCUGAACCAGACUAAGGAGGAGCUGACAGAAUUCACCAACAACCUCCAUGCCGACCUGGCGAGGCGCGUGGCAGACUUGUCAACGCUGCUAGAUGCCAAGACGGCUAACAUCCGGACCAAUUCGAGUGCAAUAAGAUCAUUGGAGGCAAGUUUGAAUUCCACAAACUCAGAGCUACGCCGGACCACAGCACGCGUCUCCGAGCAAAACAUCGUUCAGGACAGGCUUGUGGAACAGGCAAGGGUGGCAGAAACUGAGAUCCAUGGUCUUUUUGACUUCCGCAAGGAGUCUAUCCCAAAACUGCAGGAACAUGAUGCGGGGCUUGCUCGUUUUGAGCUGCGAUUGCAGAGCGUGGACAGGGACAUUCAAAACCACACCAAGCACUUGACAGACAUCAACUCGGAAGUGGUCAACGUGCAGGGCGAUGUUAUCAAUAUGGCUGACCGGGUGGAGGUGGCGCACGAUCUGUUGCGAGGUGUUGGUAGAGGCCUUCACGAUGUCCACAAGCAGGUAGAUGUGGCUCAGGGCAAGAUACAUGGAGAGAAACCUUCCGUGCUGCCAACACUCCCCAGUUCUAUGCAGGUGCCGCGUCCAAGCACAGCUCCUUUGCGCCGCAGACCAGAAUGAACACGGAUCGUUGAGCUGGUUUGCAUAGUAAAGAUGCAAGCAAUGUACCUCGCAAAUGCUGUGCAAUGCCAUCAUGAGAGUUGGGCAGAGUUCAGUAUGGUACUGUAUGGUCCUGUUCUUACCAGGAAUGAGCCUUUCAAAAGCACACGGCAUCACCAUGAUUUUGCUCCGGGAAAGGAAUUGGCCGGCUAAUUCACAGUACGGUGCCGAGGGCCAAAGUGCCAAAAGAAACAGAUGAGAGGCAUGCCAAGCGUGUUGCGCUUAGCAUUCGCCCUGGCAUCAAAAUUGGCCCCUUCAAGGCAGCAC